UAUUGACUGUAGUAAGGUGUAAUUGCUUGCCUGUUUGCUUUUUAGUUUUCCUUUUUUUUUUUAAAACUUUUAAAGGUUUGCUAAUCAUGUGUGGUAGGCAACUGUCAGAUACUACAUGCUGUACUUCACAGGAUUCUUGAGGAUAAACAGAGAAAGAGAGGGAAAGGGCCACAGAAUUUUCUUUCUCCCAAUUCACUCUAAUCAUUGUGCUACUUAGAGAGAAUGUGCGUGUGUGUGUAUCUGUGUAUCUGUAGACUGAAGGGUUAGUGCAGGAUGUCAUUUGGUGCCUGACAGUGGAGCAGUGCAGUUGACUCUUUGCUCUGCUAUCCAAUGACAUCCAGUGGCUGAGAGUUUGAAGCUGAUGGUUGGGUCUCCUUAGUGCUGCAUGCACACCUGACAGGCAGCUGUUAAACUGAGCAAAGGCGAGCUUGGGGAGUCACAAUCUAUGCAUAAAUGAUAGGGGUAUCUGUGCUGGAGGUGCGAAAGAAGCUCUGACCCUCUCCCCUGAAUCCCCCCUUCCCAAAUGAAACGCACGGUGCAGCUAGCUUCUUAACUACACUACACUCCUGCUACUGGCUGCCAAGAGGCUCAAAAAAUCCACCUUCACUUUUCAGUCAGAAGAGGCAGAAGUGGAUGUGAGAGACAGACACACACAGAGACACAGAGAGCGAAAGAGGGCAAGAGACUUGACUUUAAGAGACUCCUGCACUGACAACUCCAUGCAGUUCGGAACAAGAACGGCAGCGACCGACUCUGGUUUCAUGGGGACAUGGCAGAACACUGACACUAACCUCUUAUUCAGAAUGUCCCAACAGUACUCAGAAAUACAUCUGAAUACUCUCAGAUCUUGCUGAUGCCUGGCAGAGAACCUGUACAAUGUCAUGUACUCAGGCCAUCCGCUGUACACUGGUAAACUGCACAUGUGAAUGUUUUCAGCCAGGGAAGAUUAACCUGAGAACCUGUGAUCAGUGUAAACAUGGCUGGGUGGCACACGCCCUGGAUAAGCUUAGUACUCAGCACCUCUACCACCCAACCCAAGUGGAGAUUGUGCAGUCCAACGUUGUAUUUGACAUCAGCAGCCUGAUGCUCUACGGUACUCAGGCUGUGCCUGUGAGACUGAAGAUACUACUUGACCGACUCUUCAGUGUACUGAAGCAAGAGGAGGUGUUGCAUAUUCUACAUGGCUUAGGCUGGACGCUUCGAGACUAUGUUCGAGGCUACAUCCUUCAGGAUGCUGCAGGCAAGGUGCUGGACCGCUGGGCCAUCAUGUCCAGGGAAGAAGAGAUCAUUACCCUUCAGCAGUUUCUGAGAUUUGGAGAAACCAAAUCCAUCGUGGAGCUGAUGGCAAUUCAAGAAAAAGAAGGGCAGGCUGUGGCUGUGCCAUCUUCAAAGACAGAUUCAGAUAUAAGGACUUUUAUUGAAAGCAAUAAUCGCACCAGGAGCCCAAGUCUCCUUGCUCACCUGGAGAAUAGCAACCCUUCCAGCAUUCAUCAUUUUGAAAACAUCCCGAAUAGCCUUGCAUUCCUACUUCCAUUCCAGUACAUAAAUCCUGUUUCUGCUCCACUGCUAGGGCUGCCUCCAAAUGGUCUCUUGCUGGAACAGCCAGCAAUGAGGCUCCGUGAACCAAGCCUUACAACCCAAAAUGAGUAUAAUGAGAGCAGUGAGUCUGAAGUUUCCCCUACACCUUUCAAGAAUGAGCAAACAUCCAGCAGGAAUGCUUUGACCAGCAUCACAAAUGUUGAGCCCAAAACUGAGCCAGCCUGCGUCUCUCCUGUUCAGACACCUACGCCUGUCAAUGAUUUAUCAAAAACAGAACACACUAAAAGCUCAUUCCGCAUUCACAGAAUGAGGAGAAUGGGGUCAGCCUCCAGGAAAGGAAGAGUGUUUUGCAACGCAUGUGGCAAAACUUUCUAUGACAAGGGUACUCUUAAAAUCCACUACAAUGCUGUUCACCUGAAAAUCAAGCACCGGUGCACUAUUGAAGGCUGCAAUAUGGUCUUCAGCUCUCUCAGAAGCCGCAAUCGCCACAGUGCUAACCCAAAUCCCCGCCUCCACAUGCCUAUGCUAAGGAAUAACCGUGACAAAGAUCUAAUUCGUGCUACAUCAGGUGCUGCCACUCCAGUCAUAGCAAGUACAAAAUCCAGCCUAACUUUAACAAGCCCUGGGCGCCCACCAAUGGGGUUUACCACUCCCCCUCUAGAUCCUGUACUACAGAACCCUCUUCCCAGUCAGCUGGUAUUCCCAGCUUUAAAGACUGUCCAACCUGUUCCUCCUUUUUACAGAAAUUUACUUGCUCCUGGAGAGAUGGUGAGUCCUCCAACCUCUCUCCCUACCAGUCCAAUAAUACCAGCAGUGAGUGGCAUGGAGCAGCAUCCCCCUCCUCCUUCAGAGUCAUCAGUACCUUCAGUGCUGAUGCCUACCCCAGAGCCUAAUGCUGACCUUGCCCCCAAGAAGAAGCCAAGGAAGUCGAGCAUGCCAGUUAAAAUUGAAAAGGAAGUUAUUGAUACUGCCGAUGAGUUUGAUGAUGAAGAUGAAGAGGUGAAUGACAGCAGCACAAUGGUGAACGACAUUGGUCAUGAUAAUCACUGCCAUUCUCAGGAGGAAAUGAGCCCAGGCCUGUCUGUGAAAGACUUCUCCAAAAGUGACAGAAGCAGGUGCAUUUCUAGACCAGACAUAAGAAGGGCAGACAGCAUGACAUCAGAAGACCAGGAGCACGAGAGAGACUAUGAAAAUGAGUCAGAGUCAUCAGAGCCCAAAUUGUGUGAGGAAUCCAUGGAAGGUGACGAUCGCCUCCAUGAACCUGGUGAAAAAUCUAUGAUGCAUGGUGACAGACCAGAUGAAAACCACAAUGACUCUUCCAACCAGGAUGUCAUUAAGGUGAAGGAAGAGUAUACAGACCCUACAUAUGAUAUGUUCUACAUGAGCCAGUAUGGACUGUACAAUGGAGGCAGUGCCAGUAUGGCUGCCCUUCAUGAAAGUUUUGCUUCCACGUUCAACUACAGCAGCCCUCAGAAGUUCUCCCCAGAAGGCGAAAUGUGCUCCAGCCCAGACCCCAAGAUCUGCUAUGUGUGCAAGAAAAGUUUCAAGAGUUCCUACAGUGUGAAGCUUCACUACAGAAAUGUUCAUUUAAAAGAGAUGCAUGUCUGCACAGUGGCUGGCUGUAACGCUGCGUUCCCAUCACGGAGAAGCAGAGACAGACACAGUGCUAACAUAAACCUGCACCGUAAACUGUUGACCAAAGAACUGGAUGACAUGGGCCUGGACACCUCACAGCCUUCUCUUAGUAAGGACCUCCGUGAUGAAUUUUUGGUGAAGAUAUAUGGCGCUCAGCAUCAGAUGGGGCUCGACAUAAGGGAAGACACCUCCUCGCCUGCUGGUACUGAGGAUUCCCAUAUGAAUGGGUACGGCAGGGGCAUGUCGGAAGACUAUAUGGUCCUAGACUUGAGCACCACUUCCAGCAUCCAGUCCAGCAGCAGUAUCCAUUCCUCAAGAGAAUCUGAUGCAGGCAGUGAUGAGGGCAUUCUCCUGGACGACGUCGAUGGGGCAAGUGACAGCGGGGAAUCUGCCCACAAAGCAGAUGCCCCUGCCUUAGCUGUAGGUAUAGGCACCGAUGUCCCAGGAUCCCUCAUGUUCAACAGUGUUUCCGUGAGCAACGGUGGGAUAAUGUGUAACAUUUGCCACAAAAUGUACAGCAACAAGGGAACCCUCAGGGUGCACUAUAAAACAGUGCACUUGCGAGAGAUGCACAAAUGCAAAGUCCCUGGGUGCAACAUGAUGUUCUCCUCUGUCCGUAGCCGAAACCGGCACAGUCAGAACCCCAAUCUGCAUAAAAACAUUCCCUUCACUUCAGUAGAUUAGUUCAAAGAUGGACACAGCAUAAUGCCAGCUCUCAGAGAGGGCCCACCACAUCUGAACUGCCAUAUACAGUCUCCCUUUAUAUAUAUAUAUAUAUACAUAAAAAUAUACGUAUAUAUAUAAGCUUUUCUUUUUUAACAAAAGAAAGAAACACCAGGUGCUUUUUCCCCUUUGUUGGUUGUUGGUUUUGUUUGUUUUUUGGUUUUUUUCCUCUUUUUUUGCAUAGAAACAAAAAGGUGGGAUCUUUAAUUUGGGGGGAGAAACCCUUCAUGAAUAAAGCAAACAAAAACAAAAAAAAAUAAAGCCAAACCCACAGAAAACUUGCAGUUGUCCCUAGUUCUGUUAGAAUGUUCUUGGUCAUCUCCAAAGAGACAAUUUGUUCUGCCCAUGACUUUUGCCUGAAAAAAAAAAAAAACAAAAAACAAAAAAAAAUUGCAAACAAACAAAAAGAUAAAAAAAACAAUCUACUUAGUUGUCUUUGUGUCUUCUAAGCAUUGGGGAUAACGUUCUACUACGCAUGGCUGUUACACUUGUAUAUAUAUAUUGAGCCUUGACAGGCCUAUGAUGUAAAACAAUUGUAUUGAUGGUCGUUUAACUCUUAUUUUUUUGCUUAAUUUUUACAGUUACAUUCAGCUGUUAGAUAAGCAGGAAAAAUAGUUUGCUGGCUAGUUCUACUCAUUUAUGUUAGCUUUAAUGCACAUUUUUAAAAGAACCACAGUCUUGUUUUAACUACCUGCUAGAUAUAAGUAACACAGAGGUGCUGGCAUGCUUUACAGUACCUGAUCUGAUACAGUUUUUUUGUCUUGUACUAUUACAUAAAUCCAGUCAUGCACUUUUUCGUACACUACAAGGGGAUGUGUAAUAAUAUCCAUGCUUUUUUUUUUCUUAAACUAUUGCCAUAUUUUCAGUAAGUGUCUUUAUAAAAAUACACUUAGAUAAAAGUGGUUUGGUCAGUAUGAGGGCAUGAAUGCCAAACAAAGAGUAUUAGUGUUUAGUGUUAAUACAAAAGUGCCAACUUUGCACACAUUUUGAAAAAAACAUGUUAUUCACCAUAACCACAGUUGUAGUUUUUGGACUACAGAAAAAAAUACAGGGGAGGAAAAAGGGGUAAAAUAAAACACAGGAUUCUUGGUGCUUCUUUCAAGUGCCAAUUAUUACUAGAAACAAUAGUUUAUCCUUACUCCUUAUAUACUACAUUGCAUAAAAGAAAAAAAAGAAAAAAAAAACAAACAAACACCAGAAUUGUGUCAUGUGAAUCAGUGGAAACUUUUUUUUUGGUCAAACAUGCAUAAUAUUUGGGGAUAUAAAUGCUGAUACUACUUGUCACAGAACAAUGAUGAAUAUAAUUUUGUGUGCUUCUUACUAUGGCCUGGAUUUUUUGUGGUGUUUUAAAAAAAAAAAAAGCAACAGGGAAAUAAUGUUAACUAUGUUGUUCUGUAAAGUUGUCUUUUUUGCAAUGGAAAGCGCUCUAGUAUGAUUAAGGCAUGUUUUAUAGAAGAAAUCAAAAGAAAUUAAUGGCAGAAGCACUUAGAAGCUCUGAAAACAUAUUCUGGACUUUUUAUUGGGUAACUUUCCCUUUGGAUAAAAUUGGAGGCCAGAAAAAAAGGAUCUCUAGUUGUGUUAAUGUUUUUUCACCCACAUGAAUUUUCAGAAAAUAGUGAAAGUCCAAGAAAGAUAGUGAGCAAGAGAGUGAGCAGGAACAGAAGAGGGAGAAGGAGCAAGCAGUUGAGAAAGGCAGAGGGAAAGAGAAGCUGUCCUCUGAAUCUUUCUUUUUUCUUUUUCUUUUUCUUUUUCUUUUUUUUUUUUUUUCCCAGUGUUUACACAUGUUGUUUGAGCUGGUAAACCACACUGGCAGCUUGAGUUACCACAACAUGCUGACUGAGUGAUGGUAUUUAUUAUACUUAAGUUCAGUCUACAGCCAAAACCAUUAGGGUGUGUGUUAUGGAUUAUUUUAUUUACAAAAACAAUAACAAAAGCAAAAACAAACAAACAAAUGAAAGCCCAAGGGAUAUUUCAGCAUACAAUAAAAUAUUCCUUCAGUGAGAAUGUGUUCCUUUUCUGUAUUUACUGACCCAGAACAUUAUUCUUCUUAGCCUAGCGUCAGAAAUGCUCCAUUGUUUCAGCUUCUUGUUGUUUUGACUUGCCGUGCAUUUUGAUUAUUCUUACCUUUAUGUCCACUUGAGUACUUAAGUUCUGUUACAUUUUCUAGAGGAAACCCUUAAUGUGGAUUUCCACUUUUUUAGUACUCUGUGCAUUUCAGUAUUCUUGUUUCCAAAAUUAAGAAUCAAUAUCUAAUAAGUCAGUAUUUCCAGUUGUAGAAAAUAAACAGAAAAUACUUCUAAAUGAAUUCUCACUACAUUCCUCUGAGUUACAUGCCUCUGAUCAUUUUUCAAUUCUGUACACUGAUGAAGCCCCGAAAACAUUUGUGGAUCCCACCGAAACUGUAGAGAAAAUUUACCUUCUGGUUUAACAAAAAGGAACUUUAUAGCAAAAGCUAAGCAGUUUCACUGACUUGUUUUCUUUCAUCUUUUUUAUUCUUCCUCAAAGUCUCAACUACUUUGCCUUGUUAAAUUGAGUGGAGAGAUCUGCUUCGCUUUGUUUUAUGUUGUGCAAGCUCAGUAUGUUUGUGAGAGAGGGAAAUUACAAGAGUAAAGGUGCAUUUUUCUAAAACAUAUGGGCCUCUGUAGUGUUAUCUGUACUGCACUCCUGUCCCUCCUCCCAAGCUAUUAGGAACAAGCAAGAUGGAAAGUCUAAAAAACAAAAUGACAAAAAUUGAAUAUCUACAGAAAGGAAACCCCACUGUUUUGUAGUAUGUAUGUUAUAAAUAAAUAUCAUUUUUAAUGAAAAACACAUUGGAGUUACAUAAAUAAUUCCUCACUGAAUUGAUUACUGUUCUGUAUUCUCAUUUCAUUCUGUUUCUGUUAGAGGUCAAAUGGUUUUGGUAAACAUUUUUGAAAUUUAAACAUCAUCAGCAGAUAAAUUCAGCAGAUUGCAUAGGAAAAAAAAUCUGUUUAUUACACAAAAUGAAACAAAACAUUCUAAAAUAUAAAGAACUGGGAAAAACCUCCAUAAACUGCUAGAAGCUCUGCAAUCCUAGUUUUAUGACAUCCUAAACUUAAUUUAGAUUUUGCUUAAACCAUGUAGGAGAUAUCAUCUUCAUCUUGUGGACAGAAUAUUACUCACUGUUAUUUCUAGGUGAAUCAAGUGUUUUCUUCAGUGCUAGCGAUACUGAUAUCAGAACAGUCUUUGUUUUAGAAGGGCACUUACACUGAACUGAAUGGCAUUUCCCUACUUCCCAUUUACUAUGCAUCUCUAUGAGAGUCUGGAUUUAUUACAAUUGUUCCUGUGGUGGCGUUUGUAUCAUCUGAAGUUAUCUGAAAAAAUCCUUAAAAAGGCUGUGUGGUAGAAGUUCGGGUUUACUGACAGGGAGUAACAUUUCUGGGUGAUAUCAGCAGUGACCCAGACUGCAAUAAGCAUAACGAUUGAACAUCUCAUGUGUCCAGCAAAGGGCAUGGCUGUAUGGUGUGAUGACAGGCUAAGUGCUGCACAGUUGCUUAUGCCAUCAUAAACCUGAGACUAUCCCUUCUGUUUCCAAACCUGCCAUUCUAAACCAUUUUACAAGAAUUAGACCAACUUUGAGGAAGAGACUCUUCAUGUUACAUGGAGUUUGUUCCUUUUUGUAGUUAUUGUGGUUGCUCUUUUCACAUUGUUUCACUGUAUUGUUUAUUCAAGGUAGUUGUGUUUUUCUGUAAAUAUCAAAAAGGCUUUGUCUGCUUUUAGGAAAUAACUCUUAGUACUGAACCUCCUUUAGAAACAAAAUUACUUGUCUGGACAUUGUUAAGCAUUUUUCUUUGGUUGGGGGGGUGGGGCGGGGACAGGCAGGAAAGCAUGUGAUACUGGUUAAUCACUAGGUCUCCUGAAAACCUGUAAGAAGCAAUUUGGAAGGAAAAGAGCACAGUCAAAGCACAAGAAUGUGAACGAGGAACUAAGUUUUAAUACCACUGGUGGCCCCUUCUCACUGUUUAGUCUUGGACAGAACACAUCUCUUACCUGUUUCAAUCUGUUAAAAUAUGGGUAACACUAACAUGAUCUUCCCAUAAGGGUGCUCCUGUGAGGACUCAUUACUGGUGUUAGUGAAGAGCAAAUUUAAGUCAUAAAUAUUUUUGCACACCUAACAAUAUUUAGUCAGUUUUUCUCAGCUAUAUCUCAACCAGCAACAUUUUGUUAUGGCUGAGAUUUUGACUUUGCCUUUUAAACUGCAUCUCAUUCCAUGGUGACUCUGUAGGUGUGCACACAGAGUAUAAGCACUCUAUCACCGUCACAGCUCAAUUUGACAAAAUGUGGAAGUGUAGAUUAAAAAGCCUAUUAGCACUUACACACUGCUCUUAAAGCUCUCUUAAAGGCUUUUCAUAACUGAGCUCAUAAAAUUUGUAUGUUUCCUAGGGAUCUGUAGGUACUUUACACAGCAGGAAUUGUGCACUGUGUUUGCCAUGAGUAAACUUCAGUGUAUUUCCUUCCUUCCUUCCUUCCUUGCUUCCUUCCUUCCUUCUUCCUUCCUUCCUCCCUCCCUCCCUCCAUCCAUCCCUCCAUUCCUCCAUCCCUCCCUCCCUUCCAUUGUGGAGAUGAAAGUGUACUUUACUAAGUUUUCCAUCACCUAUGUGUUUCCCAUUCCAUCCCCAAAAAAGGCACUGUUUAGGAAAGAGAGUCAGGUUCUGAACAGUAAAGCAGCUGCCUGGGGAGAUCAGCACCUCUUGAUCUGGUCCAGCACAGCUAAUAGGAAGUAGGGCUGCAGGGAUCCACAUGAGUUUUCCCUGAAUUUUAGUCUGCUCAGUUAACACAGCUAAGGAUCUAGCAUAGCUAAUUACAAGGGGUAGGAAUGUGCAUAAACAACAAGACAAAGAGCUGUGGGGGUAUCUGGAAAGCUCAGAAACCUAAUGAUUCAAGGUCUAAUGUGUUCCAAAGACAGGAACUAUUUACAACACCAGAGAUUUAGUUCCAAAACUUUCUUCUUUAAUGCAUAUGAUAUUUUAAAAUCAAAGUGCUUGGUCUGGACUCAUUUUUCACAGGUUGUUAGGGAUGUCAGCUGCCAUCAGAAAACAGGACAUCUUUUCAGAAAUGUACUCAAAUUCUGCAGGACAUUUUCACAGCAUCACUGGUGGCAGGAGAAGGAAUAAGGGAGGGAAAAUGUUUGAUCUAGGAGCAUACACAUGCUCCUCUAAAUUUUUUAUGCUAGUUAUGUGAACAGAACUAUUACUCCUUCUUCUGUCCCCAGAAUGUUUUUGUCACUUUUCUCUUUGGGUUGUUUUAACAGAGUUACUCAUUUUUAUCUCAAAAGAGAUGCAAAGACGUACGUACUAAGGGCAAGGAGGCAGCAGGAGUUCUCUGUGGGGAAAAGGUGAGUGGCAGACACAUGAUGGCAGCUGGUAUAUGUCAGUUCCUUUUUUUCUUUUUUUCUUAUGUCACUGCUUUGCUGCUAUAGUAACUCAACAAAACAGUGACUGUAGUGCUACUUUGCUAGAUAAGCAUCAGCAUAUCCUGCUGUCGCCACAUGAUGAGUUGGGCUUUUUUCCCCCCUCCUGUAGGGACAUAAAAGGAACUCUUUUCCAUACCCAUUUUUACUUUAUGAACAGAGCAACAUCAUAUGAUGGACUGAACCUUUCACCCACAUGUUUGCCCAAGUACAUGUCUGUUCCAGUCCCAAUGGUUUCUGUCUCUUCUUGCCGAGCAGCAUUAUCACUGCCUUUAAAAUGGCCUGUAACAAAGUGAAGCAGCAACUUUUUAACGUAAGUAAUAUUAUCUUGAGUUAACCAGUCUUAUGUGUCUUGUUUUCUCUGAUCAAGUCAUGAUACUGAAUGACACCUUUUAUUUUUUGAUCAAGGUAUUGAUCAUGUGUAUCCCAAUACUGUUGCUGUUAAUGUUUGGCAUUGGCACUGAAAGGAAAACAGUUCUGGACCACAAAAGGGUUAAACAAUGGACAUGUUUUUGACAACUCCUCUGACUUUUGCCAGUAUUAUUGUUCAUUAUGAUGACACUGUAUUUUUUUUAAAUAGCAGCUGUAGUUGUCAUAAAACUAUUUUCCCAUUCCUCUCUUUUAAAGUGUGAUGUUGUAAAUUCAUGUGACCUUUCCUGCAAAGAAUAAAUAUUUCUUUUUUUAUAUAAGAUCUCAAGACAAGGCUUGGUUUGUAACAAAUAGGGGCCCAUUACAAGGCAGGAAAAAAAACUGAGCUGAGCAGAAAGAAGCUUCAGUUCAAUUUCACCUCAUAUCUUUCUAAUAACUUACUUGUCACUUUAUUACCUUCCAGUAAUGUGAAUGCUGCUGACAAGACUGUCACACUAACAGCAGACAACACCCUCUCUUCCUUAGCCCCAGCUCUCCUGGCUACUUAUUGCACUGGCCCUGAAGGGACACAAACUAAUAGUGUGCUUUCAAGUUCAGCACUUGGCCAUCAAAUAUAAAAGGAUGCGUAAUUGCCUGUUUAUCCCCUGUGAAGGGGAAAUUGAGUAUAAGAACCAGGCUUUCCCUCCCGGUUCCUUGACACACACACAUGCCUGCACACACACAUACGCUGUGAGUGAAGGGAAGUCCCAUCUGGAGCACUUCGAUUUGUCUUUGGGAAGCCCAAGGCUGCCACUGGCUGCUCUAUCGAGCUAUCAGGCAGACAGUAACAAGAUGGCUUCUUAACAAAAGGUCAGCUGAGAAAUACUGUCUGUGACGGCACUUCUGUCUGCUUAUGUAGCAACUAAUUGCUUUGUAUUGGCAUAAACCAUACUGUGCCUGCUACAAAUAGUCGUGUGAAUUUGCUACAGGUCUUGCAGUUUAAGUUUCAUCGCAAACAAGAUGGCAGUCUUCUCAUUUUCUGGUUCAGCCCAUCCCUUGGCAAAUUUCAGAACAAUGCCAUCCUCUCGGGUUCCUAUGGUGAAUGUGAAUUCCAGAAACCCUUUCUGCCGUGACAGGAACAUGUCCUGCUGAGGUCAGUGUGAACCCCUGUAGAGUGUUAGGGUAAUGUAUCUGAGACACGAUCUGCCACCCUCAUACAAGAAGGAUUUUUUUUUCUAAUUUAUACCUUCAUUUACAAGAACACUGCCAAAAGUACAGGCUCCAGAAGUGCUUCUCAGACAGGGCCAUCAGGAAAGAGAGAGUUUGACAGCAAAGUAGUUUGGGAGCAUGUUCUAUGUUUUAAGAAAUUCUAAGUGCAUGAAGGCUGGUGCACCACUCUCCUUCCUUUUCAUUGUAUGCUGACUGGCUGUGGAAUAGCAGUUGAAAAUUCUAGCAGGCAGAGGAGCGGCUGAAGCGUGCUUUCCUUGCCGGGUCAGCAGCGUUCCCAUGCCGUGAUCAUAGCACCAGCUCCUGUGCGUGCCUGUGAGUGCUGGGCACUGCGGGUUGAACAGUGCAGGUGGCCAGUGCAGCAUCAAAGAAGACAAAGACAGGUUUCAGCUAAAGCCCAAGACUGGGACACCCAAACACAGCCAUUCUGGGCUUCAUUGUUUUUCAUAUCCUUGGAUCAAUUCUUGUCACUAGUGGGCUGCAGCUCCUCUUUGCUGGUUCCAGAUACUAAUGCUGUCUCCAGCACUAUGUUUGCUGCAACACAGGUGAUGGUACCCACUAUAAAUGUGCUGAGGCCUUUUACCAGUCAAAGGUCAUUAAUCUUUUCCCUUCUUUUCCUUCCAAGCGCACCAGAGGCUGUAAGAGUGAAACAGCAGAGAAUUUGCUGUGACCUUUACUGGCUGAGCCCAGAUUCUGCUCCCCUGCCAACUCCAUGUGCACAUGGCAGUGGUGGAUGUGGGAACAGUCAGAUUAGCUGGCCUGUGACAAUGAGCUAGGGCAGGCCAAACAGCCUUUCUUUCUGUACUGUUUCUGAGGCUGUGGAAACUGAGGACUUUCUGAUCAAAUAAACCAUUUGUGUGUGUGUGUGUGUGUGUGUGUGUAUGAGACAAGCAGACAGAGAAACAGACACAGUACUAGAACAAAGAGCCUUAAAAUUAAGGUUACAAAUGGGCAAAAUUAUAUCAUUUUGCAUCACACUUACCUUUAUAUAUGUUUCCUCUUAUGUGCUUAAAAGAACCACGAGAGAGCAAAUGUCUAAUGUGUAGAGAGGUUUAUUCAGAUGUUCUACAGAUUUCCUAUGCUGCUUCCUUCAAACCUUUGGAGAAAAAUAUUUUAGGAAAAUGGAGAAAAGCAUCCAGGGCAAUUAUAUUUCUAGAGAAGAAAGAGAGAGCAAGACUAGCUAAGUGAUGCAUAAAGAUUUUAUAAGGCAUCCGUUGUCAAACAAAAGGUUGAGAAUGAUCAGAGGAUAAUGCGCAGUUAGGAUGGCAAACUCAUCAAUAGUUAAUCACAACCUGUCCACUUCUGUUACGAAAUGCAAGAGGCUGUGAACAGCGGCUCUGCGGGACCAGUGGCACUCCUGUCUGUGCCCAAGCGAGGGAGCUUUACGCAAUCACCGUGUCCAGCUCAAGAAUUUGACACACGUUCCGCCUCCCCAUCCCUCGGCAACCUCCUGAAAUCCUGUGUUGAUGGGGCAGAAUGCAUCCCCCCAUCACUGCUGUGUAACGGUACAAUACUGAACAAUUGUGAUUCUAGGGAUGUUCUUGGUCUACCCAAUGACCUGGAGAGUAAAUAGGGUCACUUACGCUGCACAAAUUAAGGCUGAUUUCUUCAUUGUUUUUCAACCAUACUUUUACAUUUGGAUUUUUUUUUUUUUUAACAAACCCUUGUACAAUCUUCAGCCAUUGUCUUAAUUUUCCCAUCUUUUCACCUGUCCCCACUCCUUCUCUCAUUCCAAGAGAGCCUCUCGUUAGAAUUAUCUCAGAAAAGUAACACAUCCUCCUGAUGUUGUCCAUUUUGGAAAAUUUUAUGCAUUCCAUCUGUGAAAAGGGUCACCGUUUGUAAAGUGACAAGAUGAAUAAAAUGGCCACUGUUGUGUGUGUGUCUCAUUUAGCUAUUUAUAAAUAUGAAAUUCAGCAUGCUGCUUUUUCUUGUGCAAGCUUUGGUUCCCAUGUCAUGUGGGGCUCCUUUCCCAUAAUGUGGCUGUUUUUUAACGGGCAGCACUUGUGUUCUCAGUUCAUACCUCCUGCUUCUCCUCCAGCCUAUAAAAAGGCAGUCAGUGUUCCAGAGUAAUGUAUGUGCAACAGGUGUGCAAAUAAGCUGAUCUGAACCCUGAACACAUUCCAAAUAUACCCUGGCAGACGCUCCACACACUUAUACACACAACAAGCAGGUCACUGCAACCUGUUGAUACCUACGAAUAAGUCAUUGUAGAGUUCCUACACCUGUGGCCAAGAAUAUGGAGUUUCCGUGUUUUACUGAAGGCUCUUGCUCACGAGCACAGUUGUUUUAACAGCUUUGACUGAGAAGGUCCCACGAGCUGAGCAACAUGGCAAUUUCCUAUGUGUCCAUCUGCCCUGUUUCAGUUCUGCCAAACUGGAAAGAUGGGAACCUGACUGGGAGUUCACACAGAGAUGUCAGCUGAGAUAAACCGGAUUUGAACCUCAAUGUAUUCAGCUUUGUAUGGGCCUGGCAGUGGGUUUGGUCACAGAGGCAAAAAACCUCUGUCUGGGCGUGUGUGGGAGGGCUCUCAGGGCCCAGCUGCAGCCCCUUGGUGCCGCUCGGGACGCGCGGCUGCAGCGCGGGAUGCUGCGCAGGGUACAGCGCUGGCUGCUGGUGAAGAUGUGUUCCUGGGGUACGCUCCCCCAGGCACGGGAGAGUGUGGAGUUGGGGCCUGACGGGCGUUUUUACAAAGGUCCUUCUCCGUUUGGGAUAGAUGAGGCUUUUAAAAUUCACUGUUCUCAAUGUGAGCAAAACGCCAAUGCUGUGCUGUCCUGCCUGCAGAACCAAAGCAUGCACUAUGGAAUAUAGCUGUACAAGGGGAUAUGAAAAGCUGCAUCAUCUUGAUCUAAUAAUCGUGACAUUGGUAGAUUCAUAAAUACUGUAUGUACUCUAAACAAGUUUUCUCCAUUAGUAGUCUGAGGGAAUUAAAAGUCCUGUUUUUAAUUUGACAUUUUUUUUCUUGUAUUUUCUGUACUGUAACUGUCCUACAGUAUGUCUUUUGCAUAAAAUGCAUAAGGAUUUGGGGAUAUAAAUGGAGUUUUACUCAUACUUUGUCCAAAUACCUCUUGUAAUUUGUAUCAAAAUUCUUGUACAAUUUUUAUAUUAAAGAUUUAUCAGUCACUGAC